UUGAAUGUAAUACACAAAAAAAAAAAGAAGAAAUUCAAGAUAUUAAAUGCAAUUAAUAAACAGUGAUAUAUCUAUAACUUGAUAAUGGAAAUUGUUACAAAGAAAAGGUACGAUUACAGAGCUAUAGAUCUGCUCUAUCAAAGACAAAUACAAGAAUCAAUUUCAAGACACAUUGAUCGUAAGCUCAAAGUCACACCAAAUUUUAUAAGCCGUUUAGGAUUAGAAGCAAAACUUGAUGGUCAUGAUGGAUGUGUUAAUUGUUUAGAAUGGAAUGAAAGUGGAACAAUAUUAGCUUCAGCUUCUGAUGAUAUGCAUGUUAUAUUAUGGGAUCCUUUUCGUUAUGAAAAGAAACUAACUCUUCAUACUAAGCAUGGAGGAAAUAUUUUUACUGUUAAGUUUAUGCCAAAGUCAAAUGACUCAAUCCUGGUUACGGGCGCAGGCGAUUUUAAGAUACGUGUUCACGACAUUGCAAUCUCUGAUACGCUGCUUGUGUGUAACUGUCAUUUCGGUCGGGUAAAGCGCGUAGCGACGGUACCGAAUUUGCCAUUUCUUUUUUGGAGCGCAGCUGAAGAUGGACUUAUAAUUCAGCAUGACUUGCGUCAGCCACACUCAUGCAAGAGCGGUGACCAAAGGAGAUUGCUGGUCAACCUCUCAAAUCACAUGAAUGGCAUCGUUGAAGCCAAGUGCAUUAGUAUUAACCCUAGAAGGCCCGAACUCGUUGCCGUUGGGGCUAAUGAUGCUUAUGUCAGAAUGUAUGAUCGCCGGAUGAUCAAGCCAUCACAUAUACCAAUUUCAGCAGCCUCAAAUAAUCUUUCCUUGGCUCUUGGAAAAGGAGAUCCUGAUAAUAAUAUUCCUCUAGGUUGUGCACAAUACUUUGUUGCAGGUCAUUUAAAAUGUCGGGAUAACCGCAAAAGAUUUUCCACGACUUAUUUGACUUUUAAUGAUGAUGGAACUGAAUUAUUAGUCAAUAUGGGGGAAGAACAAAUUUAUUUGUUUGAUAUCAACAAUCAUGGAAAUUCGAAAAAUUUUGUUGUUCCUGUUGAAUUUAUAACGAACAGUGGAGAUCAAGACUGCAAAGAUUCUUAUGUAAUUGAUAGCAAUAAUUCUUCAAUUGUACUAGAAGAUUUAUCAGCUUUAAAUAUUACUCAAUUAACUCCUGAAGUUGAAGAAUUACGACAACAAGCAAAUCAAGCUUUUGAUGAAUAUCGAUAUGCUCAUGCCAUUACUUUAUACAACAAAGCAAUCAGUUUAUGCCCAAAUGCUGCUGUACUUUAUGGUAAUAGAGCUGGUACUUACAUGAAAAGAUUAUGGGAUGGAGAUUGUUAUGCUGCCUUAAGAGACUGUCGAAUAACUUUAGCUCUAGAUCCAGAACAUGUCAAAGCUCACUAUAGAUUAGCAAAAUGUUUAUUUGAUUUAAAAAAGGUGAAUGAAGCCUAUAUUGUCAUGAAAAAUUUUCGAGAAAAAUUUCCAGAAUAUAUUAAUAAUUCUGCCUGUAACAAAUUAAAAAGCUCCAUAAAAGAAGAAAUUAGAAUCAAUAAACAGUUAGCAACAACCAAAAAAGCUUAUGAAACAAAUAUUUCUGAGCAUGAGAAAGAAUGGCGUCAAAAAGCAAUUGAUUAUAAAAUUAGAUUGUGUGGCCACUGCAAUAAUAAUACAGACAUAAAAGAAGCCAACUUCUUUGGAGAUAAUGGGCAAUAUAUCAUCGCUGGAUCAGAUGAAGGGUCCUUUUUUAUCUGGGAUAGAUCUACAACUAAUAUAGCUCGAAUCUUAAAAGGAGAUCCACGAAUAGUUAACUGCUUACAGCCACAUCCAUCUAUAUGUUUGUUAGCAACUAGUGGUAUUGAUCCAUUUAUAAAACUAUGGAGUCCAAUGCCUGAGGAUGGAAGAGUGAAUGCCUGGGAAAUUAAAAAUCAGCAUGAAGCAGCAACAGCUAAUUAUAUACGAAUGAAUACUGAUGAACGCUUUGAUCUAGAUUUAAUGCUUUUUAAUAUGGGAUACAGAUUACGUGGACAGAAUUCCAGGAGUACUCAUGAAGAUAAUCAAGAUUCUUCAAAUACUCAGCCACUAAACUGUAGGCCAAGUUAAGUUUUCCUAAGAUAAACUUAUAUACACAUGUACAUAAUGCAUACACACGCGCGCGCAUGCACAUACACAUGUAUAUGUGUACAUCAAAAAGUUUACCCUAAAGG